AUGAGUAAUCUUACUUCCAUGUUCACAUUUUUGCUGCUGGAAUUCUCAGAGGUUCGAGAACAGCAAAUCUUACACUUCUUGAUAUUUCUAGCAUUGUACCUCAUUGCACUAACAGGGAAUCUUCUCAUCAUUAUUGCAGUUAGCAUUGAUCACCACCUACACACCCCCAUGUACUUCUUCCUAAAGAAUUUGGCCAUACUGGACCUUGGUGCAGUUUCAGUUAUGAUGCCCAAAUCCAUGGCUAUGUCCCUCUUUAAUAACAGGUCAAUUUCUUAUCCUGGAUGUGUUGCUCAAGUUUUCUUUUAUCUCUUCUUUGCAACAUCAGGUUUUGUUCUCCUAACUCUAAUGGCACAUGAUCGCAAUGUCGCUAUCUGCAACCCUCUCCAGUAUGAAAGAAUUAUGCAUAAAGGAGCAUGCUUUCAGAUGAUAGCCAUUGCAUGGAUUAUUGGUCUUCUUAAUGCCAUAUUGCAGGCUAGUGGCACAUUUGCAAUCACCUUCUGUUCUCAUAUUGUCCACCAGUUCUUCUGUGAAAUCCCACAGUUAAUAAAACUCUCCUGCUCUGACAUGUACCUAAUUGAAGUUGGGUUCCUUGUCCUAGGCUAUACUUUAGCUCUAGGAUGUUUCAUCUUCAUCAUUAUAACCUAUGUAAAGAUAUUUUCUGCAGUGCUCAAAAUCCCCUCUGUACAUGGACAGAAAAAAGCCCUCUCCACCUGUAUUCCCCACAUUACUGUUGUCUCUCUAUUUGUAUUCAUGGGACUAUUUUCUUAUGUGAAACCUUCCAUCAAUGCUUCUUCUGGUCUGGAUAUAGCUUUUGCUGUGAUAUACACCAUAAUUCCCCCCAUGUUGAAUCCAUUCAUCUAUAGCAUAAGAAAUGAAGAGAUCAAGACUGUUUUACGGAAAAGACUAAGUUAUGGAGCUCUAUUUUAA